UUUGUUAGAAAACAAAAAACCAAACACUUCACGAGAAACCACAGAGAAUGGCUGGAAUCGUGGUGGUUUUCGACUUCGACAAGACGAUCAUCGACUGCGAUAGCGAUAACUGGGUGGUGGACGAGCUGGGCGCCACCGACUUGUUCAAUGAUCUUCUCCCCACCAUGCCUUGGAACUCUCUCAUGGAUAGGAUGAUGAAGGAGCUCCAUGCACAGGGGAAAACCACCGAGGACGUUGUAGAAGUUCUCAAACGGAUACCAAUACAUCCCAGAAUCGUCCCCGCCAUUAAAGCAGCCCAUGCUUUAGGGUGUGAAUUGAGGGUUGUAAGCGAUGCAAACCUGUUUUUCAUUGAGACGAUUUUGAAUCAUCUUGGAUUGAGGGAUUAUUUUUCGGAGAUUAAUACGAACCCGAGCUUUGUGGAUGAGGAAGGGAGGCUGAGGAUAUUCCCCUACCAUGAUUUCCACAAAUCUCCUCAUGGCUGCAGUCUCUGCCCCCCAAACAUGUGCAAGGGUCUGAUCAUUGAAAGAAUACAAGCCUCUCUAGCGGAGGAGGGGAAGAAGAAGUUCAUCUACCUUGGAGAUGGCAGCGGAGACUAUUGCCCAAGCUUGAAACUCAGGGAUGGAGACUAUGUGAUGCCAAGGAAGAAUUUCCCAAUGUGGGAGCUAAUCUGCAAACACCCAUUGCUUAUUAAGGCGGAAAUCCAUGAGUGGAUAGACGGGGAAGACCUUGAGCCCAUUUUGCUAGGCCUUGUCAACAAAAUCUCCAUUGAAGAAAAGUCGGUGUUCAUAUCAGCAGCCGACUGCAAGUUGCAAAAUAUAUCUGUUUCUGCUCAUGAGGCCCUUCCUCAAGCGCUCCCUGUUCGUCUAUAGUACGUAGCUUCAAGGUUGAAUGUUGGCAAACGCCAUGACCAGUAAUUUGACAGGGUUUUUGUUUCUGUCUUUGCUUAAAAGAAGUUUGUAAUUUCGUCGUGUUCUUAUUAAUCAAGACUGGAUGACUAAGAACUAUAUAUCCGUUUGCUUAAACUUCUGUAAAAAUCGUAAGCUCAUAGAGGCUAUAGUUAUUAAAUCUCUACUUUAGAGCA